ACUGCUUCCUCUCCAUCACCAACCAUCUUCUCGAAGCAACCCAUUCCGCAAUGGGGGCUCUGCCUCGGGGUCUACUGGUCCUCGGCGUUUGCGCCGUCCUGGUGGCGGCCGUGCUCGCCGAUGCAUCGCCGGCGGCGUCAAUGGUCGUCGGCUUGGCCAAGUGCGCCGACUGCACCAGGAAGAACAUGAAAGCUGAGGCUGCUUUCGCAGGCCUUCAGGUGGCUGUCAAGUGCAAGAACGCCCACGGCGAGUACGAGACCAAGGCCGUCGGAGCGGUGGACAAGUCCGGCGCGUUCGGCGUGCCCCUCAGCGCCGACCUCCUCCGCGAGGACGGCGAGCUCAAGCACGACUGCUUCGCGCAGCUCCACAGCGCGCCCGGCCACCCGUGCCCCGGGCAGGAACCGUCCUUGAUCGUGCGGCAAUCCCUCGACGGCGCCGAGAAGAAGGGCUUCGUCGCCGUCCCCGGCGAGGUGCACUACUCCUCCAAGGAGUGCGCGUCGGCGUUCCUCUGCCACCUCUUCCACAAGAAGCACCUCUUCCACAAGAAGCCGGCCUUGGUCGUCCCUCACCUCAAGAAGAAGCCCAUCGUGAUCCCGCACGUCCACAAGAAGCCCAUCGUCAUCCCUCACUUCCACAAGAAACCGGCGCCGGUGCCGGUGCCGGAGUACAAGCCGCCGACGCCCACCCCGGUGUACAAGCACCCGACGCCCGUGCCAGAAUACAAGCCGCCGACGCCCACCCCGGUGUACAAGCACCCGGCGCCCGUGCCAGAAUACAAGCCGCCGACGCCGGUGUACCCGCAUCCGGCGCCGAUCUACCACCCUCCUGCCGCCCAUCAGAAGGCCGCUCUGAACCCGGAGACUGACCCUCAGCUCUUCAAGAAGCUCCUCCACAAGAAGAAGCCCAUCGUGAUCCCGCACUUACCAGUCGUGGUCCCUCACUUCCACAAGAAACCGGCGCCGGUGCCGGUGCCGGAGUACAAGCCGCCGACUCCCACCCCGGUGUACACGCACCCGACGCCAGUGCCAGAAUACAAGCCGCCGACGCCGGUGUACCCGCACCCGUCGCCGAUCUACCACCCUCCCGCUGCCGAUCAGAAGGCGGCUCUCAACCCGGAGACAGACCCCCAGCUCUUCAAGAAGCUCCUCCACAAGAAGCCCAUCGUGAUCCCGCACUUCCACAAGAAGCCAGCGCCGGUGCCGGUGUACACGCGCCCGACGCCCGUGCCGGAGCACAAGCCGCCGACGCCGGUGUACACACACCCGACGCCCGUGCCGGAGCACAAGCCGCCGACGCCGGUGUACACGCACCCGACACCGAUCUACCACCCUCCCGCUGACCAGAAGAUGGUGCAAGACCCGGAGACGGACCCUCAGCUCUUCAAGAAGCUCCUGCCGUUCAUCAAGAAGAACCCAUUCUUCAAGAAUUUCCCCCCUGCCCAGGAGGAUACAAAGCCAUAGACCAUGGUGCGACCUGAAGUCAUUUGCCUAUUUCAGUAUCCAUGGCCGUGCCGAUCCGUGUUUUGUUUUCGUUUUUUUGAGGGAAUUGAUGAUCCCCGGUAGUCUCGAACUUACUACGAAUAAACCUUUGUUGGAAUGAUUUAUAUAUAGCUACCUUAAAUUAUGGUAUAUCAUUUUUAUGAUGUUUAGUUUA